AUGGCUGAAACCUCCACUCCGAAACCUGCCAUGGCUAGUGCCAACAAUAAUCCAGCGAGGGAGCGUCGGCCUCACGAGAUCUAUGUCCAACCGAUCCCGAUCAAGACAUUUCCACUACCCUCAUUCUAUCCAAGCAAUCCGCUCUCCUUCAUCCAACUCGCAUAUGCCUGGGUUGGCCAGAUCCUGUCCCCGCCUGCUGCCGAGCCCAGUAUCAUUCACCAGGGCACCUGGUCCGUAGCGACCACGUCUGUUCACAUUAAAGAUGCGCAGUCUAUGCGGGCGCUAUGGGAGCAAGGAUUUUACGGAAAGGGCAAUCUGAGUAGAAGUGAGCCUAAUUGGCUGAAGCGAGAAGAAGUUCGUAGAGGCCUACAGGAAGGCCACCGACGCGAAGAGCGAAUACGCGCCAAGUGGGAGCGAGCCAGGCUUGAGCAGGAAAACAUCCGUCAGACACGCGAAAGAGAGGCAAAGCAAGCUCAAAAGCGCCGUGCCGCUGGGGAUGCGGACACCACCCUAAAAGCACAUAUUCCCGCGGAGCCUCUGGCACCAGUCGGUCCGGCUGAGAUCCUUGCUCUUCCCAACUCGGCCGCCAGUUUGCCUGGCAACCUGGUCAACGGGUUCGUCAAGGACGGGUCAUCGUAUGGUGAAAGUUCAGAUGAUUAUUCCAAGACAAAUGGCACAUUAGACUCAAGUCUGGAAACCAGUGAUGAUACCUCGUCGACCGAAGGGCCGAUUUCGACGCCAGUUAUCCCGGGUCUCGAUCGUUUGAAGCGUCGAAAGAGCGUACGGUUCUCACCUACAGUAGCAUCUACAACGUUCGACCAUGCCGACCCUCCAAGUCCUGGACACUCAACUAAUCCUAAACAAAAUGAGUCUCUGUCUCCUGUACCCCAGGCCGGUGCUGGUGUCCUGAUCAACAAAGAGCACCUUCAACUCAUGCCAGAGGAAGCAUUGUGGCUCAAUUUCGCUCUAGGUGUACUUGUUGUGCUUGAUGGAUCUGGGACUCCAUUGUCCACUCGGGCUCUUCUCAACUUGUUCCGCCAGCACUCCGUCUUCCCGCCCUUGACUGGGCCUGAUGACCCGUCUCCAUUACCGGAUGACGAUUUCCUUCUACAUUAUGUUGUGUACCAUCAUUUUCGCUCACUGGGCUGGGUACCCCGUGCGGGCAUUAAAUUUGGAGUUGAUUGGCUCCUUUACAACAGGGGGCCUGUGUUUGAUCACGCAGAGUUUGGGUUGCUGGUUAUACCCUCAUACUCGGAUCCCUGGUGGCAGUCAUCGGGGAAGCGCAAGCCACAGAAGACGUGGCAGUGGUUUCAUAGCAUCCUUCGGGUUCUGUCUCAUGUCAUGAAGAGCAUGGUACUUGUUUACGUGGAUGUACCCCCGCCUCACAAGUUCGAACAGGCUCUUGAAUCAGGCUUGGCAGAUGCCUUGGAAUUGUACAAGGUCCGAGAGAUAAUGGUGAAGCGAUGGUCCAGCAACCGCAACCGGUAG